UGAGGUCUGUAGUGAUGAAAUCCUGGGUUGGCCAGUUCAGGUGAGCAACCAGUUUGACUGAAUCUGUGAUUUAAUCUAUAUUACUGAAUUCCAAACAAUAAAUCAGUGCUAGUCAAUAUGGGAGAGGGGCGGAGAAAUAAGUGUCAAAGUUCUUCCACCAUAAAAGAAUAUAUAAAUCUUUAGACACAGUCAGACUAAGCAUCUCCACAGGUUUUUUAAAUCAAAAUUUACAUGCAUCAUGCAGCCAUGUGUAUUUAAUCUAUGUUAUACGAAGAACUGGAGUGGGAGAGAACAGAAAGGUGUUAGACAAAAAAUACUUGUAUUGCAGUCAUAUUAAAAGUACAGUAGAAAUAUACACAAAUCCCUAAGAAUUCAUGCUUAUGGCAAAUUAGGAGUUAAACUAUUGUAAAAAGUUUAAUCCCCUCCUGCAUUGGGAAAUGGCUGAAACUGAGUCAUGUGUAUUUACAUGUUCAAAUACCUCACGCCCUGUUGCUCUAGUAGACAAAGGACAAACAAGCUCGUUACCAUAAAUCUCAUAUCUACAGUUGGCUUCGAGGAGUAAAGGUCUGUAGACUUUUGCACAAAAAACGUAGAUAAAAGCCUCCAGAUGAGUUAAAGUAGCACUACUUUACCAACUAGAUUUAACUCCCUAUAAUGAAAAUGAAAGCAUUUAUUUUAAUAACUGGAUUGCUUUUUCUUCCUUCUAGCCUAACCGAACAUCAACAUAAGAACAGCUCCGCAAGUCAAAACACACCUAUCAGAACCUUUCAUGGAAUUCAACAAGGAAUUUAUGAGUGCUUUCCCCAACCUGGUACAGAAGAUUCAGCAACACCUACUGUCGGAGAAUACAAAUGCUCUUUGGGAAAGUCAAAUGAUUCAACACUGAAAGUGAAUAAUACCACAAUGGAGUACCUGAGCAGCUCUUUGAGCACCAGACUAAUACCUGCAGUGUAUCUAAUUGUAGUUUUAUUAGGCAUACCAUCAAACACCAUCACUCUAUGGAUGCUAUUUUUCAGAAUAAGAUCUGUUUGUACUGCCAUAUUCUACACAAAUUUAGCAAUUUCAGAUCUUCUGUUCUGUAUCAUGCUGCCAUUCAAGAUAGCAUACCACUUCAAUGGAAACAACUGGAUUUUUGGAGAAGUCAUGUGUCGAACUAUGACUGCCAUUUUCUAUGGCAAUAUGUAUUGCUCCAUUCUACUUCUCUCAUGUAUCAGCAUCAGUCGUUAUGUAGCCAUCAUUCACCCUUUCACCUACAGGAGUCUACCAAAACGAACCUAUGCAAUCCUAGUUUGCUGCACAGUAUGGGCAAUUGUUUUUCUGUACAUGCUACCAUUCUACAUAACUAAGCAGAGCUACUGCUUGGAACAAUUAAAUAUUUGUACCUGCCAUGAUGUACAAAAUGCCAUGGAGAGUUUAUCAUUCCAAUUUUAUUAUUUUAUUUGUUUAGCAUUCUUUGGAUUUGUAAUCCCACUGACCAUAAUUUUUUUCUGUUAUAUUGCUAUUAUUCAAACACUAAACAUUUAUGAGCAGAAGUGGCUAUGGUAUAUUAAAAUAAGUCUUUUAAUCCUUACAAUUUUUGCUAUUUGCUUCACACCAAGCAAUAUCAUACUUAUCGCUCACCAAGUUAACUACUAUUACAACAAGAGAGAUGACUUAUAUUUUUGUUAUCUUAUUGCUUUAUGUCUAAGCAGUUUAAGUAGUUGCCUUGAUCCAUUCCUUUACUUUUUGAUGUCCAAAGUCAAGGAUAAAUCAAAUAUUUAUCUCACAAUGGUCAAAAUAUCUAGGGAAGAAUGACAUAAGUGUAAUGUCCUAUAUUUAUUGAUACACAUACAUUUGAAAAAGCUAUAUAUUAUUAUAUAUACACACUAUUUUUGUGUGUGUGUGUGUGUGUGUGUGUGUGU